AUGGCAACAAACAUUACCUGGCACCCAAACUUGACCCAUGAGGAAAGAUCUCUGUUGAGAAAACAACAAGGUGUCACUGUGUGGCUCACUGGUUUAUCGGCGAGCGGGAAAUCAACUAUUGCGUGUGCAUUGGAGCAGUCCAUCUUGAACAGAGGAUUAAACUCAUAUAGACUUGAUGGUGAUAACGUAAGGUUUGGCUUGAACAAAGACUUGGGUUUCAGUGAAGCUGAUAGAAAUGAAAAUAUUAGAAGAAUUAGUGAAGUUGCAAAAUUAUUCAGUGACAGCUGUUGCGUUACUGUAACCUCUUUUAUUAGUCCAUACAAAGCUGACAGAAGAUUAGCUAGAGAAUUGCAUGAAAAGGAUAACUUGCCAUUUGUUGAAGUUUACGUUGACGUUCCAAUUGAAGUUGCCGAGCAAAGAGAUCCAAAAGGUUUGUACAAGAAGGCCAAAGAAGGUAUUAUCAAAGAAUUCACUGGUAUCAGUGCACCUUAUGAAGCUCCAGAAAAACCAGAAAUUCACAUUGAAAACCACUCGGGCCUCACUGUUGAACAAGCAGCAGAGCAAAUCAUCGACUACUUGUUGGAAAAGAAGUAUAUCAGUUAA